AUGUAGGACAUGCGAGGGUUAGGUUAAUAAACAGGCUGGAGCUAGAACCUCGUUGUUGCGCGUCCUUAUUUUACAUCAUACUACAAACCCCAGUUGUAACUAACCUGAUUCAGUUUAUCAACCAGCUAAUUAUUAGAAUCAGGUGUUCUAGAUUAGGGUUGGAGUGAAAACCUACAGGACGGUCGGUAGCUCCCCGGGAACGGUGUUGGAGAGUCCUGGUCUACAGACAUGUCGACAGACCAAUUAUAAUGCUACGUUCAAAAUAACUCGGAACUGGGAAUUCUCAGAACGUUCAAGAAAACUAGGAAAUCGGAAAAUAACGAGCUCCGACAGGGGAAAAAUAACGAGCUCCGACAGGGGAAAAAUAACGAGCUCCGACAGGGGAAAAAUUUGUUUUGAAUGUUCAACUCUAUUUUAUUUCUAGAGCUCUGGCUUUCCGACCUAAAGAUCACUGAACGCAUGAUUCAACCUCGUUUUCCCCCCCCCGAGUUCCCAGUUUUCUUGAAAGCACCAUAAACUGGCCUUUAGAGAGCUCGACUAUGAUUAUGACGUGCGUCCUCUAACGCCCCCGUCUCUCUUUUUCCCAACACAGUUAAGCCAAAACCACUCCACGCUUUGAGCGCUCUAUAAAUCCGGAAGUGAAUAUCAUGUAGCGCGAAAUUUCAGUCACUGAUUAAUAACAGUUGCCCUUGAAAUUUCAAGAUUGAAAAAUAUAAUAACAUAAUAUCGUAGACAGAGCUAGCCAUUACCAUCCCUUUAACGCUCAAAGACAGAUUCAAUGGCUGUAGCAUAGCGUAUAUGACUGAAUGAUUAGCUAAUAAAUAUUUAAGAAAAUCUGAAUAAUAAGCAUAUGCUUUUACCUGAUAAUAUACUACUAAUGAUAAUAUAACAACUUCAAAUACCGAGCUAGUAACGUUAUUAAGUAGCCUAGGUUCACUUAGCUGACCUUUAAUGGAGGGAAUUCAACAGAGUCCUCUGACACAUUUUAACAACAUGAUAAUAAUAGGCCUUCAUUACGUCAGGCAGCUAAUUGUUAAAUUACACUUUCCAUCCUUAUCUUGGAUGGUCACUGUCUCUGCGCUGAUCGCCUGUGAGUGAGACAUCACUGGCUAGCCAAUGGGAGCGUAGUAGAACGCUCCUCUGAAUAUAGGGGCGUGGUUUUGGUUUAACUGCGUUGGCGGAAAGAAACGCCCAGGAAGCUCAGAUUAAAACUCCCAUUAGACAGCUCUGCAAGCGUUACAAUGUCAAAACAAGUUUGUUACUCACAAAAUAUGGAGUUUCGCUGAGCAACUAUCUUCAUUUACUCCCAUUACAGCCGGCAUGUACUUCCAAAAAAUGUCUAAAUAAAAAUGUAGAAGCAACCGGGGGAAAAAAUAGCCUAUUCUGCACCUCCAAUCACUCAUUACUGCUUCGCACAGGUCGGAGGUCGACAACGUUUCAAUGCACUGGAGGUGCCCAAUGUCAAGUAAUCACAGAAUAUAACGCAUGCUGAUAUUGUGCAGGAACCCACCACCUCUUUGUCUACUUCUCAUCUACCUGCUCCUCCAGAAGUGACUAUUGGUACCGUCGAUUCCUCCCAGGGGUCCCUUUCCCCGCAACACGGUCUGCUGACAAACCUCCGCUGUUCCCCUCCUCUCUGCUCCCCCUGUCCCUGUCCCCUCUCCCCUCUCGCCACGGUCCUAGCCCCCAUCCUAGGCAACAUGUCCAUCACCCUGAAGCAGGUCUUCAACAAGGACAAGACCUUCCGCCCCAAGCGUAAGUUUGAGCCGGGGACGCAGCGUUUCGAGCUGCAUAAGAAGGCCCAGGCGUCGCUAAGCUCCGGAGUUGACCUGAGGGCGGCGGUUGCUCUGCCCCACGGGGAGGAUCUCAACGACUGGGUGGCAGUACACGUGGUGGACUUCUUCAACCGAAUCAACCUCAUCUACGGGACGGUGUGUGAGUUCUGCACGGAGAAGAGUUGUCCGGUCAUGUCCGGAGGUCCUAGGUAUGAGUACCGAUGGCAGGACGAUCACAAGUACAAGAAACCAACGGCUCUACCGGCUCCCAAGUACAUGAACCUGCUGAUGGACUGGAUCGAGGUCCAGAUCAACAAUGAGGAUAUCUUCCCCACCAGCAUGGGUAUCCCCUUCCCCAAGAACUUCAUCCAGAUCUGUAAGAAGAUCAUCUGCCGUCUGUUCCGGGUGUUUGUCCACGUCUACAUCCACCAUUUUGACCGUAUGAUCCUGAUGGGAGCUGAGGCCCAUGUUAACACCUGCUAUAAGCACUUCUACUACUUCAGCACAGAGCUCAACCUCAUAGACCGCAAGGAGCUGGAGCCACUGAAAGAGAUGACUUCUGGGAUGUGUCAUUGAGGAGUGGCAGAACCACUGGAGCAGCUGAGGGACUGUCUGGGACGCCCUGCUGGCUCGGGAGGAGGUUACCAUGGAGAUACGGAGGGGUACACAGUUGACUCUGAAGCUUGAUGACAUCAUCAGUGUGAUUCAACUAGCUCGAUGUCAUCACUGUCAUUCUGAUAGCAAGAGAAUAACCUGCUACCUGCAGAUAUACCUGACUGACUGGCUGGCUGACUGACUGGCUGGCUGGCUGGCUGGCUGGAUACAUGGAUGAAUGAAUGGAUGGGUGGAUGGAUGAAUGAAUGAAUGAAUGAAUGAACAAACAAAUGAAU